UCGCGCACCGAACCAGUGACUGCACGGCCAUACGCAGAACUGCAGCGAUGCGAAACCUUGCUCACGAAGACGAUUCCAUUGCUUUUCAGACUGUCAGCCAGACCAAUGAAUACCAUCAGGAUCGAGAGGUUGUACCAGCUUUCGAGGACAUCAUGGACGUCAUUGGUUCUAGAGGAAAGUUCCAGAAGAGAUUAAACACUGUUUUCAUUUGCUAUGGCACAAUCGUCAAUGUGCUGAGCUCGCAAAUGUACAAUUUCGUUAUGCAAACUCCUGAUCACUGGUGUCACGUCCCUGGGAGAGAGUUCACCAACUUAACUCUUGAUGAGUGGAAGAGCGCCACUAUCCCCAAGGAAGGAGGGACAUUCAGCAAGUGCCUGAUGUACAACGGAAGCGCCGUGGACGGUGCUUCCGAGGUGCCCUGCCAGCACGGCUGGGAGUACGACGAUACGUGGUACCCUCUGACGGUGCCGUCAGAGAUGAACUGGGUCUGCGACGACAUGCACAUUGUCAGUGACGUCAUGUUCUAUGCACAGAACAUUGGAGCAGCCCUGGGACUGCUGUUCGGCUACAUGGGUGACAUGUACGGACGUCGACCGCUGCAGUUGGCCUGCGUGGUGAUGCACGUCGUCAGCAGGGUGGCGAUGCUGUUCACUCCGUCACUGAUACUGCUGUUCGUCGUGGCGGAGUCGCUAGUGGUGGCCGCCGGAGGCGCCAUGCUGGAGUCGGCGGUAUCUGUAGGUGAGUAG